UUCCGUCUGUACUCUUAUUGAUGAUAAAAAUAAGUCAAUCAGCGCACGAAAAAUUAGACAGCUAUUGCGAAAUAUUUACUUCCAAAUAAUAUGCAAGUAAUCCAUUGAAUUCAUCAUUCUGAGAGGUCUGCUUUGUUUCUUCUUAUCUCGCUUAUAUAGUAAACGGUAAUUACUCGAAUUGGGGACCUUACGGCGAGUGUUCAAAAUCCUGUGGAGGUGGGGUGAAGACGCGUAAGAGGACAUGUACCAAUCCGCCCCCAGCAAACGGAGGAAAAGACUGCAGUGUCCUUGGAACUGACACUUAUACCAUGAGAUGCAACAUCCAUGGAUGUCCAGUGAACGGAGGUUACACGGAUUGGAAACCGUAUGGCGACUGUUCCAAGACUUGUGGAGGUGGGGUGAAGACGCGAAAACGAACGUGUACAAAUCCACCACCGGCAAACGGAGGAAAAAAUUGCAGUAGACUGGGACCCGACAGCAGUACCAGCAAAUGCAACAAUCAGGAGUGCCCAGUAAAUGGUAAUUACUCGGAUUGGGGACCGUACGGCGAGUGCUCAAAAUCUUGUGGAGGUGGGGUGAAGACGCGAAAGAGGACAUGUAUCAAUCCGCCCCCGGCAAACGGAGGAGAAGACUGCGGUGUCCUUGGACCUGACACUUCUACCAUGGAAUGCAACAUCCAAGGAUGUCCAGUUAACGGAGGUUACUCCGAUUGGAAACCAUAUGGCGACUGUUCCAAGACUUGUAGGGGCGGGGUGAAGAUGCGAAAACGAACGUGUACCAAUCCACCACCGGCAAACGGAGGAAAAGAUUGCAGUGUACUGGGACUCGACAGUACUACCAGCGAAUGCAACAAUCAAGAGUGCCCAGUAAGAAUAUGCACAAUAUUAUCGCCUACAUUUGGAUCAUCUUCGAAUUCUGGCACCUACGAAAGCAACUAGAGUAGAGCAUACAAAGAAUAGGCGCCUUUCCUAGAGGGGUUGCGAGAAUUUUGCGAAGAGCUAAGCUGAAAGCUUGACUCCACAGCUAGGCUAUAAAACAUACAAAGAAAGAUCCUUCACCAAGUGUUGCUCGGAGC